UCGCGCUGCCGCCCGCCAGUCAGCCCCCGCACGUCGUGUGAUGCGCUUGUGAUUUCGCUGACCGGACCGAAUCAAAACCGUUAUCGUCCUAAAUGAGAAGCUAAUGGACGGCCGAGGUAGUGCAUGCAUGUGAAGUAGCUAAGGAGUGCAGUGUUGUGUUCAUGUUAGAAUGGAGGACGUGCGGAUUUCAGAUUGGCCUGAACCGCCGGGCUCCCAUGCAUGGCUGCCCGCUUAUGGCUUCCAGCAUGAAAUAUUGGAGAAAGAGGAUUUCUUUAGCUCCGGAGACAAUGGCAGCACUCACGCUUUGUAUCUCGAGACCAUAGUGGAAGAGACAAGUGAUGAUUUACGUUCAGAACGGUCCUCGGCAGCCACUUGGCUGUCGGACUCCGAUGCAGAUUCUGUCAUACAUGUACGCGGAAAUGGAGGCUCGGAGUGCGACAGCGAGUCGGAACGCGAGUGGGCCUGUCCCGCCAAGCGGCGGCGUCGAGAGCGCCCUCACUCUCCCACCAGCACGGGGACUCUCUCGCGGUCGUCCAGUCUCGCGCAGUUCGAGUCGUUGGAGCGCUCUUGCGCGGCGCCGCUCUCUCCGAGUCUCUCCCCGGAUUCCCUCGAGUCCCCGCCCUGCUCUCCGCCUCCAUCGCGGCCGGCGCCUCGCGCCCACCUCUCGGCGGAAAACCUCAGCGAGGACAGCGGCUACUGCGAGCGGUCUCGCCGGCCGCCGCCGCCCGCCCGUCUGCCAGAAAUAGCGCACACGAGCGGCAGCGUGCCCUGCCUCGCCUCGCCCAGUGCCGGCCGCCGUCCGCCGAGAGCCGCCCGCGCCCUGUCCUUACCGGCCGAGCUCGACGUCUGCACCGAGCCCCGACGCUCGACGCGACACUCGGCGCGCUUCCGGCAGACCUUCGAGGUGUGCGACAGCUUCACCGUGAGCGUGGCCGACCUCACCGCCCUGGACUACCGGGCGUCGGCGCCGCGGAGGCCCCGCCCGCCCCCGCCGCCCCCGCCGUCCAGACCGGCACACCGACCGCCCCCGCCUCCCGCAUCAUGCGCGAGAACGCGCCGGGAGCCCAGCGCCGGCAGCGACUCGACUACCGAAUCCGAAAAGGCCUUCACGGCAGAAAUGGAGAAAACCGCUCAAAGGCUCGACGAAAACUCGAAGCGGGCGCUCGCCGAUGCCGGCAAUUACGAACGAGAGAUCUCAGUGCUGACGGCGAAACGGUUGAGAGAUUCCUGGGGCGCGUGGGACGACGUCCUCGAUGAGUUGAGAAAGAGGAUCGAGCCUCAAUCGCCCGCCCCCUCCCCGCCUCGGACGCCCUCGCCGGAUCCGAUUCGGGGGCCCACUUUCACGUCGACGCCCCUCCGUUCCGGAGACGUGCACGUCAGAUCCACCCCCGAGCUGCGCUCUCGGGCGACUCCCGACAGAGAAACCCCGGAAGAACUGCGCGCGUCGCUCCAAUUAGUGGCUUCGCCGGUCCCGGGGGGCGGGCCGCCGGUCCGCUCCGUGUCUAGCGGGUCCAAGGGGGUGACGUUUUCGCCGGUCGUCGCCGAAGUGAGCUGGCGCGAGUCUAGCGCCAGUACGGAAUCGAGCUCUAGCGCGAGCGACGACGCGGCGGACGCGGAGGUAAUAGUGGUGGUGGGGAGCGAGCCGCCGCGCGCGCCGGCCGCAGACCGACUCAACGACAUGACCGAGACGCGCGCGCCGCGCAGCCGCAUAGCGGGCUUUCUUUCGCGCUUCGCGAACUUCCGAUUCUCGGGACGGAAGGAGAAAAAACGCGCAGGCGCGACACUUCGAGGGACGCCCGCCGCGGCGGCUGCGGCAGACGGGGUGGGAUCGCGCGCGGCUAACGGCGGACAAGGCGUGCGGGUCCCGCUCGCGGAGGGUGUGUCGCGGGCCCCGCCGGCUGAGGGAUCGCCGCUGACGCUGGACGGGACGGGGCGCGCCGGGCCCGCGCGGCCCGCGCCGCCCGGCGUGCUGGAGACCGAUGUGGACACGCAGCGCACCGUUCUCCACGCGCGUUCGCUGCUGGCACUGGCGCCUCCCUCGCGCACGCCGAGACCUCACAAGUCUAUGGAAUUCCUGCUCGAUAAAGACAGCGCCCAGACUGUACAGCCUCCAGAAAACGAAUUGCAGAAGAAUUCCGAUCGAGUGUUAUCUGAACACGAGCUGAGGGUCCAAAGGUCACUUCAGAAACUCAAUGUUCCAGAAUGGUACAAAAACGCACCAGCUCCGAGAGAGGGCUUCCUCUUACGCAAACGCUUGUCUGACGCUUCGGCAUCGGCGGGCAGGUGGAGCGGACUCAACUCGAAGACCACCUCGUUGGGGAGCCUCGGUGCCAAUGCGCAACCCCCACCGCCGCAAUUGUCCCCACACACCACCAGCUUCGGCAGGUGGUCGACUAGCCGGCUUAACUCGAAUCAAACGUCGCCGUGCUCUUCGACCCGGAGCAGCAUCAGGGGCACCUCUCCCCUCUGUUCGCCUUCGACCAGGUCCUCGUUCAGCGCUCGACAGCCCUACCUCGGCUGGCGGAGUCAGGAACGGCUGAACGCCAGCCCUCGAACGCCGCACGAAAGGCUCGCCAGCUCCCUGCUCCGGCAGACCGCGUCCAGCAAAGCUUCGGAGGAGAUCCAGAGCUCGAUCAAAGAGGUGACGUCGGCCAUCGUCCACUACGUGUCGGGCCUCGAACCGUCGAACGGCGAUCUCGAUGACGUCUCGCCGCGUUCGAGCCAGAAGUUGUAUUGGCUGGAGAGCUCCUUCGUCGGAACGAAGCCCCUGGAGUCUCCUCGGACGCCGCUCGUGACGGAGCUGCCCCCGCCCCACCCGCGGCCCCCCUCCUCGCUGCGGCUCGAGCAUCGCGCGGCGCCCGACUGGCAAGAUUCGCAGCGUUCUUUGAAUGUCGGUAUUACAAAACCUUCCCCCGGAUCUACGACGUUGGAGGACGUAUUGGACUCACUUUUAGGACUCCCCUCACAACCUGCCAGAAUCCCUACGCCUCAGCCGAGCCCUAGGAAAUCCGCCAGUCCCCACUACGCGCUCGGCGGGAAGAGUCCAAGAUACGAACAAUUAGCGAGUAGUGGUCACAGCAGUGCCUCUGCGGCCUCUCGUUUCUUGAACACCCCCAGCGACGCUCCCAGUUCCUUCACGGAUCCCAGCCCCGAGGACCGAGCAGGCAAGGAUACAGUUGAUGCGGCGGCCGAGAUGCCGGAACCUAGACGCGCCCGGUCCGCGCUAGGCGAGCCUUCGCGCCGGAGGAGCGAGCCUUUCGCCGACCGCUCCGCGUCCCUCGACCGUCGAACCAGUCUCGACUCCGCGGCUCCGCGAACUGAAACUCUCCUCCGACACGACUCGAGAGCCUCCCUCGCCUCUCUGCAGAGCGAGAGUAGCGCGGAAGACGCUUUCGUCAAGUGCAAAUAUCCCAAAUGCGCGUCUCGCACGCCUCUAGCGGAAGCCAAACGGCAUCACAAGACGUGCCACAACUGCAGCACGACGUACUGCUCGAAGGAGUGCCGCAGAGCCCACUGGGAGAAGCACCGGAAGGUCUGUCUUCACUCCCGCGCCAGCACCCUCUGCAGGCAGAUCAUCUCGGCGGCCAAGGAGGACGCGGCCUCUCUGCACCGAAUAAGCACGGUCGCGUAUCAGGGAUAUCGAAUCCUAGGCCGGGGCGUCGUCAAAGUGUUCUUCACGAGUCCGGAGGCCGCCGAGAAGUUCACGACUCUCGGUUAUCAGAAUUUGAGCGAGCCCGAAUUCGUGAAGUGGACGGCUCUCCAGCCCAACGAAAUGGGGGCGGAGUUGUACACGGAGGUGGUGAAGCUCUGCAAGAGUUACAACCCCGAGACGCGAGUGAUCCUGUUCGUCGCCGUCUGCAUCGUGAGCGAGGUGCCGACGAAGGGAGCCGUCAAGUGGGAGAGGCAGAUGGUGUCUCGGUGCGCCAAAUUGCGCCUGAGUAGAUCGGUAUCUUCAGUUAUACAGGAACAGAACAGGAGGAAACAGCGCAGGGACGGCAAAGGUUCGCCGGAAGACAGAGAGACUUUGAUACUCACGUCCAAACUGUGCCCCGCCGGCGAAAGGAACGCGGCGACCGUUCACAAGUUUAGAGAAAUCUGCUUGAGAAAUGUUUGCAGUGAAUUAGAGAGUAGAGGCGUAGUUCUGAAAAAGCACUUUCCAGAAGUGUACUCGAGGUUAGGCGCGUACGUAGACGGCACGAGCGAGAGGUUCAUUCCGAUGACCAUUUAUCCCAAGGAUGUCAACAGUGGGAAGUCAUUUGUGUGUGUGAUAAUGCCGGACAGCGACGCGGAGAGCGGGACGCCGGUGGACGGGAAGGUCAUGACGAUUGACGUGGGGCUGGAUCGAUCGCAACACCAAUUAUCUACGCCAAUGUAGAUCUAAACUCUGCGCAGUGAGCGAGUUUGGACUAUGGACGUCUCCUUGUCGUCCGUUAAAGCCACGACACGUAGACGGGUCUUGGCAUUCGACGUGUUCUUACGUAGAGAUGAGAUGGGCGUUCAGUCGCUUUUAUGAAAAGUAUAAAAUUAAAGUAUUUGCGCAAAUUCCUAUUCUUAUGAUAGAUUAUCGAUAACCGAUUCGAAUUAUUCCUUACAUUACUAUUAAAGUAAUCUUAUAACUCUCCCAUAUUUAGAGCGAUGCUAAAUUUAUCGAAUGAAUCUAUUAAAUGAUAGGCAACUUAUUUUGGCGUAUUUUUAUACAUGCUACGUGAAAGAAGAAAAGAAAAGUAAAAGAAGGAUUCAUUUGCAAAGCGGUUUUGAUACAUGAACACAUUAUAUAUGGCUCGAAAUACCUUCAACGUUUUAUCGAUUUAUUUAUUGACUGAUAAAAAAUUCGAAUUGUAAAUAAAUAAUCCUUUUUUCGAUAGUAAACGUAAGUCUCUCUUCGCUUUUAAAUAUUGCCAUAUAAAUGUCGUAGUGUAAGCAGAGCCCAUAUCUCGCCAUAAAAGCCAGUUUCGGAUCCCUUUCUGUGAUUGUAAUACCUGUGGCACAAAAUUAAUGAACUUUUUAUAUCUUUUUAAAUAACAGAGGUGCCAAUUUAUUGACGAGUUACCGGCGUGUAAUGUCGUUCAACGGUAUAAGUAAUUUCCGUAAACGCGUCUAUUGAUCUAUAUACUUAAUAUGUAUUCCAUUAUAAAUAAAUUCCGCUAGGUAGACGAAUGUAAUGAUAAUAAAAAAUAUACAUAAUUACGUUGUUUUUGAGCUUGCGACUAGAUAAUAGUAAUGUCUCAGUGAUAAUUUUAUAAAAAAUCUUCAAUAAAUGUAACUUUUUAUAAACUAUUAUUCGCAGCAUACUGAUUUAAGCCUGUGGAAAUAUAAUAACAUAAAGUACAACAAUAAAUUUACUUACAUUAGUUAUUAUUUCAAUCGAGAUACCUACUAUAUGUGGUGGGAUGGUCUGUGUGUGGUAGUAAUGGAGUAAGGUAUGAUCUAGUCAUUACUGCCAUACCUACUUGAUGAUAAUUAUUAUUUGUGAUGUUUCGCAAAGAUCUGCCAUUAUUUUGAACAUUCUAGAUAAUUAUUUUAAUGUUAUUAUAAUAUAUCUGUUAAUCAUUCCAUAGUUGAAUUGUUGUUAUAUAUUAUGUUAUAUGGUACUCGAAAGUGAACACUCAAAGCAGAAGGAGAGCAUAAAAAUUCAAAGUACGUGUUCAAAUAUUAGGCUGCUGAAAUUUAAUUAUGACAAAUAUAAUUAUGAAAUGCCAAUAGAGAUCAGAUUUAGAUAAUGUUACAAGUUUAUUGUUUUUAUAUCCUAUAGACGUAAUAUUACCUACCUUCGAUGUUAUGACUUCUGUUUAGUCAAGAAAUUGCUUCUGUAAAUUAAUAUUUCAUACAUUUAUAUGGACAAUAUUGCCAUAUCAGUUGUUUUUCAUGUCUAAAUGAUAAUUUUUAUCUAGUUGUCCCGUUAAUGUAUUUAAAUAAAUGGCCCAGCUAAUAUGUUUUAUAUUCAUUUCUGACCAAUUCCCAACAAUAAAAAAAAAUAAGUACUCAGUAUUCCCUGGUCACCAUAAUUUUAUUUUAUAGUUAUAGCAUAACUCGAUAAAUAAAUGGCACCUAUUCUCCUGCCA